AUGUUGUUGAUGUUGUUGGCUGUUCUUCUGUUUGGUACAGAUACGACGGAGAGUACAAGCACAGAUAAUUCUACAUUUGCAACUGUAUCAACACCACCAACGCCAGCUGAAAUCAUAACAUCUGCAAAUGAAUUAUUAUACUCACAUUAUGAUUUUGAAUCAUCUGCUAGUUUUAGUUCCAAACGGCCAUGUGAUAUGAAUGUAGAUAGUGAUGCAUUUAUAUCAACUCCACAUGGUAUGUAUAAUGUGUUUCUUUCUCCAGUACCAUUAGUUUAGAAAAUUUUUAUAUUUUCUAGAACCGUUUAUAGAAAAGACAUAAAGUUGAUAGUCAAAUUUCAACCAGUAUGUGUACGA